AUGGAGAAAGAGGGAAAGGUGGGCUCAGACCAAAUGGUGCGUUCAGCUGCUCCUUGCAGACAUCAUUGCAAUGGCAUUGCUGCAAAGAAUGAGACCAUUUCAAAAGAGACCAUUCCAAACGAGACCACUCCAAAAGAGACCAUUCCAAAAGAGACCAUUCCAAAAGAGACCAUUCCAAAAGAGACCACUCCAAAAGAGACCAUUCCAAAAGAGACCAUUCCAAAAGAGACCAUUUCAAAAGAGACCAUUCCAAAAGAGACCAUUCCAAAAGUGACCAUUCCAAAAGAGACCACUCCAAAAGAGACCAUUCCAAAAGAGACCAUUCCAAAAGAGACCAUUUCAAAAGACACCACUCCAAAAGAGACCAUUCCAAAAGAGACCACUGGAGCUUAG